GUCAGUCAGGUUUUUGUGGUUUGGUGGUUUCGCUUGGAUUUGAACAAUAGAGUUUUGUUGUGAAUUUUCUUCAAUAAAUAAUAUUAAUUUCCUUUCUGCGAUCCUUAAUCCGAUCAUUUUAUUUUCCGCAAAAAUUCCUAAAAGUGUUGUGGGCUGGGCAGUCUAAUUUUAAAUACUUUAGCAUGCGCAUAGUUGGAUAAUCGUUGAAAAUGUUAAUAUUAGCGUUGUUAGCUGUAAUUCUAUCCUUAUGCAAUGGAGACAGUAACGUGCAUUAUGCAGCUGUUAUAUAUAGGCAUGGUGACCGGACACCUGUUGCCUUUUAUCCUACGGAUCCAUAUAAAAACGUGUCCUUAUGGCCGGUAAAACUAGGCGAGCUUACAAACAUCGGCAAAAGGCAGCACUUUGCUUUGGGUCAGUGGCUUCGCAAACGUUAUUCGCAUUUGUUGUCCAGUGAAUUUGAACCUUCAGAGAUAUAUGUAAGAUCUACCGAUGUAGACCGCACACUUAUGUCCGCUCAAGCUAAUCUAGCAGGUAUGUACCCGCCUACAGGGCAGUCAGUCUGGGACCGUGACUUGAUGUGGCAACCCAUCCCUGUUCACACCGAGCCGGAGAAAGAGGACAAAUUGUUGGCCAUGAAGAAACGGUGCCCCAAAUAUACCAAAGAAAAGGAACAGUUUCUGCAUUCCGCAGAGUAUAAAAACCGACUCAGUAAAUACCAAAAUCUUAUGAACUACUUAACUGCGUAUACUGGUGAAAAAGUGACAGAUUAUAAUGACAUAAAUGAUAUCUACAACAUAUUGUUCAUAGAAAGUUUGUACAAUUUUACGCUUCCUAAUUGGACCAAGGAAGUAUAUCCUGAUAAACUAGUGGAGCCAUCUGGUUACAGUUUCACAACCGACACGGCUACACCUGCGCUUGCCCGGCUGAAGGUCGGUCCUCUACUCCAGCACAUUACCACUCAGAUGUCGAACAAGUUAGCAUUCGAUAGGUACAAGAGGAACAAAACAGAAGUGAACUUGGCCAUAUUCAGCGGGCACGAUUUGACUGUAGCGAACGUGCUUCAUUCUCUCGGACUAUACGACGGAGUACCGCCCGUGUACACGUCAACGGUGUUCUUAGAACUAUUGUACGAUAAUGAUACGAUCUCGACACCUAUGAUAAGGAUAUCAUACAGGAACUCCACAGAAAUCGUGGAACCCAUCGUGUUGAACAUACCAAAAUGUGGCAAGCUAUGUCCAUUGGAACGCUUCGUGAAGUUGUACGAGAACUUGAUCAAAGUCGACUGGAACAGGGAAUGCUCUAAAGGAAUUCAGUUCUUCGAAAUGGACGACGUGGUAACAAUCAUAUCGAUGAUGUGCUCAAUAGUGUUGCUGAUGGUCUACGCUGCUUACCGGUUGUGUUACUACUGGAUGCGAAGACGUAAUAGGGCCAACCAAAACCUGCGCUACACAAGCAUACAUACAUCUCUCGCUAAAAUUCCGACUUCGUAAAUCAAGAAAAGUUAUAUAAUAUAUAGAGAAAAAGAAAAAUGAAAAAAAAAAUACCAAAAAGAAUAAGAACUGUUCCUUACAAAAUCUUAACAAACCUUUAUGCGCAUAAAAUGGCCGACUUUAAGCGACCAUGUUGUAUGUCAAAAUUGUAUUAUGCUCUUUUGACAGUUCUUAUAAAGUAUUAUAUAAAGCUUAGACAGAUAUAAGCGAUUUUGUAGGGACUAAAGAAACAGAUAACGUGCGUUGUCAAUGAAAGCAAAUUUUUUCCAAAAAAAUUCGUUAAAUAGAAAAUUUAAAGACAUGAGUGGUGGUGGGAUAGUUCUUUUAAUAAAGCUCUGUUAUUGUGGCCUUUAUUCACAUAUAAUAUUGUGUAGAGAGACGAAGUAACUAAAUUUGAUCGAUAGAAGAGUUCACCAUUUGGAUUAGGUCUAAAGACGAUUGUACAAACAUUUAAGGCAAAUACAACAAAUAAGAGGAAGAUGUACUAUUGUUUUUUGUGGUAUGAUGAGUUAGUACGGUAUGUGAAGUGGCUUUUAUUUUCUUGUAUUUUAGAGUUUAUGUAUCAUUUCACAACUGUUAUUACGAAUUUCAUUAUUAAUAUGAACGUCGUAUUGUAAAUAACGAUGGGUAUAAAACAUGUCUAUAUUAAAAAAUGUGAUCUUACGAGGAAUCAGGUAACAGUGAAAAUACACACGAGUAUAUAUGGCAACAUCAGGGUUAAAAGGAGGCUGCUUCCUGUUUUCGGUCAGAAGGCGAACCUUUGAACGGAAGUAUAGCGGUGGAGGGUGCAACUGGGCACACAUAGACGAGAGAUAUACCACCAUUUUUGAUGGUUAAUAACGUAACGGUUUAUAACGUUAAUUCUUAAGUCUUAAUAGAAAAAUAUGUAGGUAGUUAAAAAAAAAACAAAAUUAUAUAGUACCUAGUUUAUGAUGUUAUAUUACUCUACUUCUUAGUACUAUCAUAUUUGAACCGCAUUAAUGUAAACUUUAAUAUUUUCUGUUGCUGGCCAUUAACUAUAAAAAUAUCAUUUACUGGUGGUAUAGAUAAUUUUAUUCGGUAUCGUUAACUACAAUACUUUAGGUAAAUACAUUAACAAACCGAUUUCAUUUUGUAGAUAGAACUAACGUUGAAUAUCUAAAUCAAAAGUCAUAUGGUUAAAUUAUUAUCGUAAUUUUUAUGUAAUAUUGUAAAUACUCAUUAAAAUCAAACUAUUGUUUGAAUCCGAAUUAUUAUUGACUUUUGAAAAAUUCAGCCUUUGCCUGAAAGGUCAGCUCAGCACUAGCGUAAUUUUUUUUUAUUGAUAUAGAAAUGAGCGUCGGUUUCCUACGCCAGUUUGUGGGAUUGUUUAAAACAUGAUUUGAUCAUGAAAAAAAAUGACCUUAUAUGUUCAUAAAUGUUUUAAUUAUAUCCACUAAAAAUCAA